CAGGGCACAGAUUCCAUCAAAAUGGAAAAUGGGCAGAGCACAGCAGCAAAGAUGGGGCUGCCACCCCUCACACCUGAGCAGCAGGAGGCCCUCCAAAAGGCCAAGAAGUACGCUAUGGAGCAGACCAUCAAGAGUGUGUUGGUGAAGCAAACCAUCGCCCACCAGCAGCAGCAGCUCACCAACCUCCAGAUGGCAGCAGUGACAAUGGGCUUUGGAGAUCCUCUCUCACCUUUGCAAUCGAUGGCAGCUCAGAGGCAGAGGGCACUGGCAAUCAUGUGUCGGGUGUAUGUGGGCUCCAUCCACUAUGAAUUGGGAGAAGACACCAUCCGCCAGGCCUUCACCCCCUUCGGUCCUAUCAAGAGCAUAGACAUGUCCUGGGACUCGGUCACUAUGAAACACAAGGGUUUUGCCUUUGUGGAAUAUGAGAUGCCAGAAGCAGCCCAGCUGGCCUUGGAGCAGAUGAACUCUGUGGUGCUAGGAGGAAGGAAUAUUAAGGUGGGUAGGCCCAGUAACAUCGGACAGGCCCAGCCCAUCAUUGACCAGCUGGCUGAAGAAGCCAGAGCCUUUAACCGCAUCUACAUGGCCUCAGUACACCAGGACCUAUCAGAUGAAGACAUCAAGACUGUGUUUGAGGCAUUUGGCACCAUCAAGUCAUGCACUUUGGCUCGGGACCUGACCACAGGGAAACACAAGGGCUAUGGCUUCAUAGAAUAUGAAGCGGCCCAAUCAUCUGAGGAUGCCGUCUCCAUGAAUCUCUUUAACCUGGGGGGCCAGUACCUUCGGGUGGGCAAGGCAGUCACACCACCUAUGUCCCUACUUAUAUCUGCCACUCCUGGUGGUCUCCCACCUGCAACUGCUGUUGCAGCUGCUGCUGCCACAGCCAAGAUCACUGCCCAGGAAGCAGUGGCUGGUGCAGCUGUACUGGGCACUCUGGCCACACCUGGGCUAGUGUCACCAGCACUGACUCUGGCCCAGCCCCUAGGAGCUCUGCCACAAGCUAUCAUGGCAGCCCAGGCCCCUGGAGUCAUCACAGGUGUGACCCCUGCAAGACCUCCCAUCCCUGUCACCAUUCCUUCUGUGGGGGUGGUGAACCCCAUUCUGGCUAGCCCUCUGACACUAGGCCUCUUGGAGCCUAAGAAGGAGAAGGAAGAGGAGGAACUGUUCCCUGAAUCAGAGCAGCCGGAGAUGCUGAGUGAGCAGGAGCACGUGAGCAUUUCAGGCAGUAGUGCCCGCCACAUGGUCAUGCAGAAGCUGCUGCGGAAACAGGAGUCCACAGUGAUGAUUCUACGCAACAUGGUGGACCCCAAAGACAUUGAUGAGGAUUUAGAGGGGGAAGUGACAGAAGAAUGUGGCAAGUUUGGGGCUGUCAACCGUGUCAUCAUCUACCAAGAGAAGCAGGGUGAAGAUGAGGAUGCUGAAAUUAUAGUCAAGAUCUUUGUGGAGUUCUCAAUGGCCUCAGAGACACACAAGGCUAUCCAGGCUCUCAAUGGGCGUUGGUUUGCUGGCAGAAAGGUGGUGGCUGAGGUCUAUGACCAAGAGCGCUUUGACAAUAGUGACCUGUCUGCGUGA